AUGGGUCGGGUGUUCUCGGCUGCUAUGCUCGAGUAUUUGCUGAAAGAUGGACCAGAAACUUCCACAACCGUCAGAAGUGUGAGACUGGAGUCGCUGAUCGCUCAAGCCAGGGGAGGAUCUCACAAAUCUUUCGUCAAGCUCAGCGAGAGUGAGCCAUGCUCAAUGCCAAUGCGACCUAUACGGACAAGAUUGGGCAUGAGUUCCACACAGACCGGGCCAGACUCCCGCUCGCUGGGAUGCGACACGGCGAAGGCAUGGGAGUCCACGGGCGGCGGGCCAUACUCAAUGGUGUGUAGGACCGUGUUGGCUUCAGAAGCAGGCCCUCUCCAAGCACCAGAAGCUCGGGAUACUGGACAGAGAGAUCGUACGGUCCUCAUGCACCGUGAUUUCUCAUCGGGGAUGCUCCGCGAGCCGACGAAAGAAUUUGCACAGCCUAGAGCAAGGACUACGCACUUCAGCGACUGCAAAGAGACCCAGUUGAAGCAUCCAAUGGGUUCUGCUGGCGCCUAUACGUCCAUUUCAGAAGCCUCGAGAGCCUCUGGUGUCUUCGACGGGGUAAUCGUUACACGAGGCCCGUGCACUGCCACAAUCAUGGGCACGCAAAAUCGAUUUCCUCGCGCAGAAUGCUGUCUAGCCCUCACCGCCGAGCUCGUUGUCGUACCACAACCUUCGCCAGGUGGACAUCAGCGCUUGAAGUGCUUGAUAUCACUUCUCUUCGACAUGAUGCGCCGUCAGACCGCACAAGUGAUUGCUCUCAUUAACGAGUCAUCGACAUCGGAGCUUCCUUAUCCGUACAACGCCACCCAAUGCUGGACAUGCACUAGUGGUUCCUGUGGUCGCGUACCUCCACCACCUCGAUGCUUUCUCCCUCGAAAUUUGGACUUCAUCCGCCGCAUGCUAGGGCUUCAAACGACGAAUUUCUGGCAAACCCUCUUUGUCGGCUUCGAAUUUUCGUUUUACUACAGCCUUCGGGUGCGUUAUCGAUCGCCUUUGAGAGUCAUUGGAAAUUCUAGAGCUUCCGUCAGGCUGUGCGAGCACCCUAACUUACCAGGUCACCAGACAACACGAGAAAUCUCCACGCUGGAUCAAGCUUUCAAAGAUCUCGAACAACCGCCUCCGAGAAAGUUCACCAUCGCCCUCUCCUGCCUCUCACACCAUCCCCUCCUCUACUUCUUCGUCCCUUCAACCUCUCCCAUCUCGCGCCGCUCAUCCAUCUCGCUCUCAAAAAUCAGCUUCCUCCCAAAUUUGGAUGCGGAAUUACAGCCUCCUCAAGAUCCACACCUCGUACACUGGUGGACACCAGUAUGCAUACAUACAUACAUCGGGUAUAACCUCAUGCUACCUAAGGAUAUGCGAGGAAUACUUGAUUUGAGCAGCUUGGCGGGUUGCAGGUACAUGAAGCAUAUCAGGGUAUCCGAUAAUUCCGCCUUGUGGUGUGGACGCAACGAGCUCGCUUUGGAGAGUUUACUUCCGAGCCUGUACCUACCUCAUAACAUCUCAUACACAUACCAACCAAGCAUUGCCUCUUCGAGCUGGAUCUCUGGUUUGUCAAUAAGAUCCGCGGUGUGGAGUGAAAGAGAAAGAUAUGCAGUCUGA